GGACAAUGUUCCUUUUUGGAUUGAUUUUCACUUUAGCCUGCGUACGUGCCCAACACAGGGCCUAUGAGAGUAUCCUCUCACCGCUAGCCGUUAACCGAUUGUGUGGAAUGGAUGAAGAACCGUGUCUGAUGGAUCUCAAUUGUUGUCCUGAGUAUGAAUGUUAUGACCGCCGUGAAUGUCGAUUGCGUGACGUUGGCCCGAUUUCGGAAGAACAAAUUGGAAAGCGAUGCAUCACAAACUAUCAGUGUACUUUGGGGCUAUGCUGCCGCGCCGGUCGCUGUGUGAAAGAAUGUGGGCGAAUUGAAGAGAUACCCGACCGGCAUUGGAACCGAUGGCAGCGUGGAUAUGGCCCAAGAUGAAAUAGCUCCAUGUUGGUUGGAUAAUAUGCAGCAGUCCUCUCUCUGCUAAUGACUGCUGUUGACUUGGUUGUGACUCUUCUUCGGUUGUGCGGAUGAAAUAUUUACUGUUACCAUGUGUUAUUUUACAGGUAAUUCUCAGAAUUAUUAUAUUCAGCAUAUCCACC